CCCUCCCGCUCUGCGCCGCCCCUUGCACGGGGCGGGCUGACUUGAGCAGCCUCGCUGUGGUGCCCAAGGGGGGGCUAGAGCCUCGCUCUGGUCUCACGCCGCGGUGGGGGGAGCCUCGCAGAGCCCGCUGCGGAGCCGCCUUCGCGCUAAGACCACGCGCCGGUUGGGCGCAAAGUCUGCUGGGAACAAAGUUCCUCAUACAGAUCAUGAGCCGCAAGGGUUGAUAUUUUGAGAAGGAGAGUGACACUCAGAGACUGGCUCAAAGGGUCCUCCAACAAACCUUCAGUUCUUUCAGCAUCAGUAAAAUGGAUUUAGAAGGCAACUAUGUUGAUGCUUUGGAUCCAGAGAAGUUAAUACAAUGUCCCUAUGAUAACUAUCAUCAAAUCAGGGCCUGUCGGUUUCCCUAUCAUCUUAUAAAGUGCAGGAAGAACCACCCUGAAAUUGCAAAGCAGCUAGCCACAUGCCCCUUUAAUGCCCGCCAUCAGGUUCCUAGAGCUGAGAUCAGCCAUCAUAUAUCAAGCUGUGAUGACAAAAGCUGCAUUGAGGAAGACAUUGUGAGUCAGUCGAAUAAUUGCCAGGGAGAGAAGACGAACAUUGUCAGCAUGUGGCAGCCGCCCCCAUGUGACGAAGAUUGGGCUAAAGAUCUACAGGAGCAAUCAAAUUCUACUUUCGUUUGGGGCACAUUCAGUAGUGGCGUAAACAACAGCUCUGGGUCCAGCGUAGUAAUGGAACAAAAGAGUAACCUAAUGUCAGGCAUGAGAGCACCCAAGUCCUUGCCAUAUAGCCUAUCCUGGAAAAGCAGAGCUGGUAACUGAAGACCAGAGAAGAGGCUGCUAUUGAGUGCUCAUCAUCCGUUUCCUUUAGAAAUGUGAGGUGCUGGUUAGGAGACUCACACUUAUAAAUUCCCUCUGUGUUGGCUAAGCACUCGCAGCCCUAACCUUCCUGCAGAACUGUCCUUCACAUAUCGGCUGCUGUCCCGAAAUUAUCCCGACCAAGGUAAUUAGACAGAAUGCUGUUAACCCUUGAUAUCAGAAAUUAAACCCUCAAAAACUAACUCCACACACGCUGAUGCCAAGGAGCUAGCAGAGUUCAAACUGUCUGGAUCAGCAUGCUCUACAAGUUACCUCCUGUUGGGUGUUUGUGUAAAUCAUUGCUCAAGCCCUGCAUGUCUUUGGAUUUAAAUGUGUUGCAGCUGUUUACCACUGCGUGGUGCUGAUGAUACGUCUCUCUCAUAGGGAUUGCUGUGCCAGGUCAGACCAUUGGUCCAUGUGAGCCCACACUGGGGGUAAGCUCUCAGUGGUACAUCUCUCCCUGAUGGGAAGUUAGGCAUCUGAAUGUUUGGUUCCCUCUAAGUUUCCCUCCAGAGACCUUGAAUGUGUGCUAGUCCUUGUGUGUCCCAGGGUCAGAUCAGCUGCAGCUCUAAGGCCUGCCUGUUAUGCCCACCCACCUAGAUGUGAAAAAGGAGCUGCCAUUCAGACUGUAGAUGGUGUAUGGGGGAGUCAAAGCAAAAAGCCUUUAAAACAAAAUAUUCUCAUUGCUGUUUUGAUUAGGCCUAAAAGUUCAUUUGUAAGGGAGCUGGGAUGGGGGAUUCUGCUGAAAAGUGGCUGCCUUAUCAAUAAAACAGUUGCACUGUGCCCUCCCACCAUGGCAGCCCUAACAUCACACUUCACAUAUGUGAUGCCCAGUGCAUGCUGCUGCUUGAGCACCUCUGGCCUGGUGCCCCUCUCUAGUCUUGCUCAGACUCUCUUGGGCUGUGGGGGCUUGCAAAUGAUUUUUGUACUCCGUCAUAGGGAGUGCCAUUUAGUUCUGAGCAGGGGCAUAUGUGGGUGUCCUUGUGCUUCAUGGAGAAGGUGAGGGAAUGUUAAUUGUUGUAAGGACAGGGCUGGGGUGGCAGGAACAUUACGCAUGCUGGAACAUCCCCCAGUCUAACACUUGGUGUCACGUGAUCUGGAUAACAUUAAAGCGUAUCCAUAUCUGGAGAAUAUCCAGCCAGAAGCUCUGUCCCAUCUGUGUCUCUCCAGCAGAGCAAAGAGAACAGAGGGCAGCCAGGAAUUUCCCUGACAUCAAGCUGGCAUAACGAGUUUCAUGCUACCUGCUCCCUUCUCUUGGGGCAGAGAAGUGCUGGAGUGGGUCUCCCUAAAGCAUCAUACUCUCCAGCCAUUCUUGGCCCAAAGAGCAGUCUCGGGAGAACUGUGGUAGUCAGCAUAGUUUCAAGUAGUCCUUAGCCUGCAUUAAUUACACUAGAAGAUGUUUCUGUCCCCGGCUGGCUCCAGCAUCGGCAUGUCAGCCAGACAUAGGAUGUGGCCCAUCACAUUCUAGUCAAACCUGUCUUGUCCUGUUCCCCUCCACCGCGCAAAAGAGAAGAUUUGAUCUUCUGAGUAAAGAGCAAAGGCCCCUCCUCGCUCUUAGCCUAGCAUCACUGCUUGAUCCUGCACAGGAAGAAUAAUCCUACGCUUGACAUCCGCUUGUCACCAUGGAAACAACUAUGGGGCUGGCCCUUUGAGGGAGUGAAGUGUGUUUGGUCAGAAGGCAAGUGUAGCAAAAUCCCCUUUUGCCACCCUGCCAUUCUGACAAGAAAUAAAUAUGUGCUCUGGUUAGUGAACUCUUCAUAUACCCAUUGUUGCAUCCACGAGAUACUCUCUUGGGAGGGAUUUCAGUGUUCCACUCUUGGCAUUGUGGUUUAAUAGGUCCCAAUUGCAAACCCGAUGAGAGAAAUGUCUUAACUUGUGAUAACAGGUAAGUAGCAGCUUCCCCUCCAUUGGCAUUACUUGUUGCGUAGUUUUUUAAGUCUUUGCAACUUGAACAUAUUUCUCUUGAAGGCAGAGUUUAGUAGUCAACUUCUUAGCAGCAAAGCAAACUAUACAUCUUUAAUUUGGCCAUUAAAACUAGUCUGUGAAAAUCCCAGUGCAUGCAGAAUAACUCUCCCUAACAAUAUUGGCAGCAUGUCACUAACCUCCACACUCCAGAUUGGCACAUUCUGUAACGCCUCCAUAGAAUGCAUUCUGCGUGUCCUGUUAGGUCAGCAUGUUCGCCUCCAGAGGACAGAUGUCAUGGGACUUCUUUUAGGCAAGCUAUUCUGAUACAUUGCCUCAAAGAUUUGUGGAGGCAGAAAGGUGCACAGACCUCAGACACUGAGCAUGCCCAUCAGCACCAGGGCAGGAAUUGAAACAGUGUUGCCUGGAGCUACCUCUGGGAUUUCCCAAAGGGCUUGGUGUUGGCCUUCAAGCUUGUCUACAGUGGGAAAGUUAUUGAAAUAGCUGUUCCGGAGUAACUCCCUGUGUGGACAUUUACUGCUGAAUAAGAGUAUCCUUUUCUAAUUUAGUUUAAAACUUAAUCCACCUCCAAAGUGAGAAAAAGGCACUCGUAUUCUAGAAUAGUAUGUCUACAUGGGGCCUGAGACAGAUGUCGCUAUUCUGGGAGACUUCCAUGUGUAGAGAC